CUUCAACAGCAGUAGCGGUUCUAUUAAGCUUCCGUUCACGAACCUCACCUCCAGGCUGGCAAGGGCGGCGAGUACUACCAACAGCCAGCAAGGAUGAAGACGGGGACAGCAGGAGCAUCUUUGUUGCGACGGAUGCGAUCAUCGUCGCCGUCAUGCCUUCUCAUCAUGCUUCUCGUCUCGAUCGUGGCGCUGAUGUCGGCGCGGCCGGCCUCGGGACACAUGGUCGAGCUGCUGCCGAGCAAGAAGGAGUGCUUCUUCGAGGACCUCAACCCCGGGGACCAGAUGACGCUGACCUACCAAGUCGGAGGUGGGGGCCAUCUCGACAUCGAUGCCUACCUGACGGACCCCAACCAAGCCAAGCUCUUUGAGCUCGUCCGAAAGGACACGGGCACCUACAGCUUCACUGCCCAGCACGCGGGCCGCUACACGUACUGCUUCAGCAACGAAUUCAGCACCGUGUCGGACAAGACGGUCAGCUUCAACGUCCACGGCAUCAUCUACGUCGCAGACGACGGCGAGAUGCUGCCCAUCGAGCGCGAGAUCAGGGACCUGGCCGCGGCAUUGCAGGCCGUCAAGGAUGAGCAAGAGUACCUCGUCAUCAGGGAGCGGGUGCACCGAAAUACGGCCGAAUCGACAAAUACCAGGGUCAAGUGGUGGUCCAUCAUCCAGGCCUUCAUGCUUGUCGGGGCCUGCGCCUUCCAAGUGUACUUUGUCAAGCGCCAAUUCGAGGUCAAGUCGUCAGCGUUUUAACAUCUGUAUUUCACUCUCCAACCUGCUCGAGAAGAAUAAGACCUUCCAAAAAGAAGACAGACAAGACGUAGUCUGCCUUUCUCGCCAUGUACUGGACUGAACAAAGGCAAUUGGGCCACCGAGGGCGUCCCAGAUGCGGGGGACAAGGGGAAGAAAAUACAG